UUGUAUUUAAGUGUUACUGUCCCUUUAAGAUAAAGUGAGGGCGGGGCUUAUUUGUGAUGUCACAAUGAACAGAGUUGACUUGAUACCUGACACACCACACACCUAAUCAUUGCUAUCCAGCACAUGAGAGAAGAAGGACCUUAGCGAAAGGUAAGAAAAAUACAUAUAAAAAAACUCUAUAUACCCUGUAUAUUAUGGGAUGUCAAAUUAUGAAAGUGUCAGCUGUUUGACUAAUUGGCAUAUCUGUAAGCAUUAAACCUUAAGUUAAUAUGUGGCUGACUUAAUUAUGAUGUCAUAAUGAUCUGUAAGCCUCAAGUGAAUAUGGGGCGGGGCUUAAUUGUGAUGUCACAAUGAACAGAGUUGACUUGAUAACUGACACACCAAACAUCAUUGCUAUCCAGCACACAAGAGAAAAUUGACAUUAUCGAAAGGUAAGAAAAAUACAUAUAAAAAACUCUAUAUACCCUGUAUAUUAUGGGAUGUCAAAUUAUGAAAGUGUCAGCUGUUUGACUAAUUGGCAUAUCUGUAAGCCUUAAACCUUAAGUUAAUAUGUGGCUAACUUAAUUAUGAUGUCAUAAUGAUCUGUAAGCUUCAAGUGAAUAUGGGGCGGGGCUUAAUUGUGAUGUCACAAUGAACAGAGUUGACUUGAUAACUGACACACCAAACAUCAUUGCUAUCCAGCACACAAGAGAAAAUUGACAUUAUCGAAAGGUAAGAAAAAUACAUAUAAAAAACUCUAUAUACCCUGUAUAUUAUGGGAUGUCAAAUUAUGAAAGUGUCAGCUGUUUGACUAAUUGGCAUAUCUGUAAGCCUUAAACCUUAAGUUAAUAUGUGGCUAACUUAAUUAUGAUGUCAUAAUGAUCUGUAAGCUUCAAGUGAAUAUGGGGCGGGGCUUAAUUGUGAUGUCACAAUGAACAGAGUUGACUUGAUAACUGACACACCAACUACCUAUUUAUUUAUUUCCAGCACACAAAAGAAGAAAAACUUUAGUGAAAGCACACGAGAGAAAAAGAAAAUUAGUGAAAGGUAAGAAAAAAAAUAUAUAAAAAACUCUAUAUACCCUGUAUAUUAUGGGAUGCCAAAUUAUGAAAGUGUCAGCUGUUUGACUUAUUGGCAUAUCUGUAAGCCUUAAACCUUAAUUUAAUAUGUGGCUGACUUAAUUAUGAUGUCACAGUGAUCAUAUCUGUAAGCCUCAAGUUAAUAUGGGGAGGGGCUUAAUUGUGAUGUCAGAGUGAACAGAGUUGACUGACACACCAAACACCUAUUUAUUUAUUUCCAGCACACGAAAGAAUUAGAACCUUAGUGAAAACACACUAGUGAAGAAGAACUUUAGAGAAAGCACACGAGUGAAAAAGAACCUUGUGAAAACACACAAGUGAAGAAGAACUUAAGUGAAAGAAGAAUGAGCAGUUUCUGUUCAUUUAGUGACUUGCUGAAAACAAGACAAAUGUUGAGAAGAUUGUUUAGCGCUUGUUGUAAGGGACGAAAGCGAAAAACUCAUUUAAAGGAACCCAGAGGAACAUUGGAACUGGGAAAUCUGAUUGGCAACGGCUCCUCCGGCCAAGUCUACAAGGGUCACAAUCUGAAAACCAACAAGGUUGUGGCCAUUAAAAUGAUGAACCCUUCUGAGGAUACUCAGAAGGAAAUAAAAACGGAGAUAGAGAUCCAUAAGGAAGUAUCAAGGCAUAAAAACAUCGCCUCAUUCUAUGGAGCCUAUCAACAACGUGGCUCCAUAAUGAUGCCUAUAAUGAUUGAAAUGGAAUUUUGUGGAGGUGGGACACUCUUCGAACUGAUCAACAGCCCUUUUUGUAGAGGUCUUCCCGAACAUUGCAUUGCUUAUGUAUGUCGGGAAGUCUUAAAGGGUCUGUCACGCCUCCAGAAAAAACAAAUAAUGCACCGAGACAUCAAGUCCCAUAAUAUUGCGAUAACUGAAGACGCCAGUAUACGUUUAAUUGAUUUUGGGCUUGCAAGAAAAGUUAAAAGAUUUUGGCCUUGCAAAGAACUACAGGGAACGCCGCACUACAUAGCACCUGAGGUGUGGACAUGCAGCUCAUAUGAUUUUAAGUGCGACAUAUGGGCUUUGGGAAUAACUGCCAUUGAGAUGGCAGAAACAAGCUGCCCACUGCUCCAUUUACAAGGAGAAGCAGUUGGAAAAGAAAUCGUAUCUGGAGAUCCUCCAACUCUGAGUCGACCACGCAGAUGGUCUCCAGCUUUUAACUCCUUUAUUGAUCUCUGUCUAACCAAAGAUCCCAAAGACAGACCAAUGGCUAAGUUUCUGCUCCAAGAACAUCACUUCAUAACAGAGCUACAGGAUGAAAUGCAAGUGAAAGCAGAAAUGAAAGACUUAGUCAGCAGACUGAAUGCAGCUAAACAUCUAGCUUCAAAAACAGCAGAAGACAUUGCUAAUGCUGCAGUAGAAGAAGGGCCCAGUGACGUUGUUGUGUCACUGGACACAAAAAAAGAAAAAACAGCAGAGAAUGCUGAAGAAGCUGCUUCAGAGGUUCAGGUGGAUGAACCAGCCAGUGAAGAAGUUGUGGAGGCAAUUUCACCACAAGAUGUCGGCUCAACCGACAUUAUAGGGAAACAGGACACCAUAUGUCAUAUUAAAAUAGGUGAACCUGAGAAGGAUGUUGAAGCCUCAACUACACCUAAGGAGGACCCACUUCAGUCCAGUGAAAAAGCCCCAGAACUUUCAGUUGCUCAGGAUGUCUCCACAAGAGGAAAUCGGCUCAACCGACACUGAAGAGGAACAGACCACCGUAUGCCAUAUUGACAUGGGCGAUUCUGAGGAGGCUCCACACACCUCAUUUCAGUCCAGCAAAGAAGCCCCAGUAUUAGAAGAAAAUACUGGAGAUUAGGUCACAGAAAAUGCUAGUGACUUUAUAGGCUUAGUAAUUUUAUUGUUAUUAUUGUUACUGGCGCUUUUUCAUCAACCGACACAAAAAUAGAAGAAACAGCAGAGAAUGCUGAAGAUCUAGCCUCAAAACCAGCAGAAGACAUUCCUAGUUCUGCUGUAGAAGAAAUGCCCAGUGACGAUGUUGUGUCACUGGACACAAAAAUAGAAAAAACAGCAGAGAAUGCUGAAGAAGCUGCUUCAGAGAUUCAGGUGGAUGAACCAGCCAGUGAAGAAGUUGUGGAGGCAAUUUCACCACAAGAUGUCGGCUCAACCGGCAUUAAGGGGAAUAUAUUUAUAUUCAGAAGAUGAAAUACUGCAUCUUCAUUUCUUGCAAAUGGUUUUCUACAUUGGGAUAUAAGUAAAAAAGGAGGAAGGAGGCUCAUUUAAUUCAGAAGAUGAAAUUCUGCAUCUUCAAUUCUUGCAAAUGAUUUUCUACAUUGGGAUAUAAGCAAAAGAGGAGGAAGGAGGCACAUUUAAUUCAGAAGAUGAAAUUCUGCAUCUUCAAUUCUUGCAAAUGGUUUUCUACAUUGGGAUAUAAGUAAAAGAGGAGGAAGGAGGCACAUUUAAUUCAGAAGAUGAAAUUCUGCAUCUUCAUUUCUUGCAAAUGGUUUUCUACAUUGGGAUAUAAGUAAAAGAGGAGGAAGGAGGCACAUUUAAUUCAGAAGAUGGAAUAUUGCAUGUUCAUUUCUUUUUAAAGGUUUUUUCUAAAAUAAACCAACCAUUGUACAUCUUGAUGUUAUUUCUGUGAAGUGUUUCAUUUAUGUUUUCAGUUUUUACUGAUUUUAAAAAUACAUUGCAAAUUUGUAAAUGUAAUAUAAUAUUUUUAUAUAAUGGUGCUGAUUUACAAACGAUCAUCUGAUUCUGAUCGAAACAUCCAUAUUUAUGGAAGGUAAUGAGAGCGUUUACAAAAGCAAGGGUAAAUAAGAGCAAGAGGGUUCUAGGACAAGAACAAAAUUAAUGCUGGAAGACUAAACAACUGCUCACCAAGCAAAUGGCUCAGCAUAGGAGGGAGAACUCUACAGGGCAA